AGCAGCCCAACAGUAGAGGAGUUGGGUGGAACGAAUAGUUAGCAGGUCCUGUAUACUAAACCUCUAUUUCACGUACUCAUCAUUUGUUUUCUCGCUGUGAGAGAACGGAGAAGUGAAGAACGGAACGAGAGGUUGGAUGAGCGGCGCGAAGAGUUCUGCAGGGAUGUUGGCGGUGUUACCCAGGACCCUUGGGGAGCUCCAGCUCUACAGGAUCCUCCAGAGGGCCAACCUGCUGUCUUACUACGGGGCCUUCAUCCAGCAGGGUGGCGACGACGUGCAGCAGCUGUGUGAGGCGGCCGAGGAGGAGUUCCUAGAGAUCAUGGCCCUGGUGGGCAUGGCUAGCAAGCCCCUCCAUGUUAGGAGGCUCCAGAAGGUUCUUCGAGAUUGGGUCACCAACCCGGCCCUGUUCAACCAGCCCCUGGCCUCUCUCCCUGUCUGCAGCAUCCCCGUCUACAAGCUGGAAGCUAACGGUAAUUCUAACGCUAGCGCCCACGUCACGGUUCCCACACUGCUGGUGGAGGAAUGUGUGGGGGAGCCCAUGAGGGGUGCGGCGGCGUCAGGGGUGGGGGGCGAGGGACGAGGAUGUUCGGCCUCUGGGUCUCCAGUGCAGAGUGGCAGCGAACCUCGUUUCUGGGGCUCCUUGUCCUCUAAUGGUGGCGGGGGAGCGGAGAGCGAGCAAAGCCUGUCCCCUGCAGAGUUGACCCUGGGUCUGGGUUCUCCCUCGCCAUCGCCCCCCCGCGGCGAGGAGGUACUAGAUGCCGCAGCGUUGAGGUCGCUGGCAGAGUGCGUGGAGCGGCUGGCCCAGGCGCUGCCCCGGAGCGACCCGUCCGAGGUGAAGGAGGGGCUCCGGGGCAACAAGAAGCUGUCCAAGGUGAUCUGCCACAUCCUGGACAUGGAGGAGGAGGACCCGAGGAGGGCAGAAGAGAUACGCAAGUACAGCGCCAUCUAUGGACGCUUUGACUCCAAGAGGAAGGACGGCAAGCACUUCACGCUUCACGAGCUGACAGUGAAUGAGGCAGCAGCUCAGUUGUGUAUGAAGGAGGUGUCCCUGCUGACCAGGAGAGAGGAGUUGUUUGGUCUGGCUAGACAGGUCUCUCGGGAGGUCACCUACAAGUACACCUACAGGACUAGCAAGUCUCGAUGUUGUGACAGAGAUGAUCCUUCUCCCAAGAUGAUCAAAACAGAGGAGGGCUACUUCGACCUCCAGGAAGCCCUGCAGGCCAUCCACACGAGAAGGGAGGCCCUGAGAGAGCAGCUGGCCACAGCCACCUCUAAAGGAGAGGAGACUAUGGGGCGCAGCAUCCAGCUGCAGCUGGAGCGUCUGCUGGCCAGACAGAUAGAGAUCCAUCACGAAGCCCAGGCCCAGGACAGACUGCAGGCCCAGGACAGACUGCAGGCCCAGGACAGACUGCAGGCCCAGCACAGACUGCAGGCCCUGGAAUGGAAGGUCCCUCUGGGGGCCUUCAGGUUGAGACACAACACUAACCCAGAGCACCGUCACCAUGUCAACGGAGUCUCCACUGACAGCACCAGUCUAUCACCAGGGGAGAGGCCACUGAACCUGCAGGUGGCGGGUCAAAGGUCGAAUGGAGACACACCCCUGGGGAAACAACUAGCCAAUGAGCUGAAGAGGCAUCACGGCAACAGGGAGGGAAAGACCCCGCCGACAAGUCACCAUGGCAAUGUCAACUGCAAAACUCUGACCAUAGAAAAUGGGAACGGGACUGACUUCGAAGGGGCUCUCAGCCUUUCUGACAAGAAGACCAUCAAAUCAUAGCCAGAGGAUUCCAGAUAGCUCCUCUUCCUCCUCCUCUUCCUCCUUGCGCAUCCCUCUUUCACAACACAGUCAUCGUUGGUCAAUACUAAACAAGCACAGCUGCAUUAGAGCCUUAACAACCAAUGUUGCCUCAAGAUAAGGGAUUUUACAUUUAGUUUCUUUUUUGCCAAAGCACCUAGAGAGCCUUUAUUUCUCUAUUCGUAGAAGCCCAUUUUUUUGUGUUUUCACUGACUGUGUUGAUUCCCCCUCCCUUCCCUACUCUAUCGUUCUCCUUUCUUACUUUCAAGACUGACGGUGAGGGGUCUGUAGAUGUCAUAUUUGUACAUACAGAAUCCUGACUCUGAAAAGUAUUUAUUUGUCGUUGUUGUCAUUUAAAUAUGUGCUGUGUAAAAUAAGGACAUCAGUUACCAGGACAACACUAGAAGUUCCAUUGACUUUGAGUCAACCAGGAUUUGGCUCAGAAAAGUCUUAUUUAUCUUGACAAAGUGCCAGGUUACCAUGGUGUUGCCAUGGGUUGACUCAUCAAAGGUUUUAAUGGUGAUAAAAAAAACUUAGAGGCUUUCAUUUAUGACACCAAUUUAAAUAUGUAUUACAAUUCAGUGAGAGCCUUCAUUUGGAAUUUACAUAUGGGAUGACAACAACAUUUUUACCUUUAUUUAACUAGGCAAGUUAGUUAAGAACAAAUUCUUAGUUCCAAUGACGGCCUAGGAACAGUGGGUUAACUGCCUUGUUCAGGGGCAGAACGACAGAUGUUUACCUUGUCAGCUCAGGGAUUUGAUCUGGCAACCUUUCGGUUACUAGUCCAACACCACUAGGCUACCACUAGGCUACCUGCCGCCCCAACACAUGGGAUGUCGACAACAUAUGGGACGACGACAUAUGGGAUGACAACAUAUGGGAUGACAACAAAGUACCAUAUUUGUAUAUUAUUGCAAGACAAGAGUUUUCUUUGAUAACAUCGGGUGUGUAUGAUAGCCAUCAAGAAUAAGCACAAGUAGUGAUUUUCAUGACAAUGGUCUCAGAGGCAAUAUAAAUGGAGUCGUUGACGUACUCUGUCUUACUAAACGGAAGGGAAAUCCUAGAAGGGUAUAUAGUCUGAACUACAAAACAGUAAUAACAGGGUUUACAUCCCACCUUCUCACUUUAACUAGUACAAAACCAAGUGUGUAUAAGUAGAGCAAUACCGACAAUGUGUUGUUGAGAAACCCAGUGUCAAUGUCUAGUUGUCCCAGUUGUGGGGAUCGUGGUCACUGUGCAGUAGUUCUAUUUCCUGUUGACUAGCGUUAGCCAUAGUCUUAGUUCCCCUCAAGAUGACCUCGAACAGAUACAGUUGAAGUCAGAAGUUCACAUACACUUAGGUUGGAGUCAUUAAAACUCGUUUUUCAACCACUCCACAAAUUUCUUGUUAACAAACUAUAGUUUUGGCAAGUAGGUUAGGACAUCUACUUUGUGCAUAACACAAGUAAUUUUUCCAACAAUUGUUUAAAGACAGAUUAUUUACUUAUUAUUACUUAUAUUUACUUAUAAUUCACUGUAUCACAAUUCCAGUGGGUCAGAAGUUUACAUACACUAAGUUGACUGUGCUUUUAAACAGCUUGGAAAUUCGCGAAAAUUAUGUCAUGGCUUUAGAAGCUUCUGAUAGGCUAAUUGACAUCAUUUGAGUCAAUUGGAUGUGUACCUGUGGAUAUAUUUCAAGGCCUACCUUCAAACUCAGUGCCUCUUUGCUUGACAUCAUGGGAUAAUCAAAAGAAAUCAGCGAAAUCAACCAAAAAUUGUAGACCUCCACAAGUGGUCUACAAUGGUCUGGUCUGAUGAAACAAAAAUAGAACUCUUUGGCCAUAAUGACCAUCGUUAUGUUUGGAGGAAAAAGGGGGAGGCUUGCAAGCCGACGAACACCAUCCCAACCGUGAAGCAUGGGGUUGGCAGCAUCAUGUUGUGGGGUGCUUUGCUGCAGGAGGGACUGGUGCCCUUCCCAAAAUAGAUGGCAUUAUGAGGAAGGGCAAUGAUGUGGAUAUUUUGAAGCAACAUCUCAAGACAUCAGUCAGGAAGUUAAAAGCUUGAUCGCAAACGGGUCUUCCAAUUGGACAAUGACCCCAGCCAUACUUCCAAUGUUGUGGCAAAAUGGCUUAAGGACAACAAAGUCAAGGUAUUGGAGUGGCCAUGACAAACCAUGACCUCAAUCCUAUAGACAAUUUGUGGGCAGAACUGAAAAAGCACGUGAGAGCAAGGAGGCCUACAAACCUGACUCAGUAACACCAGCUCUGUCAGGAGGAAUGGGCCAAAAUUCACCCAACUUAUUGUGGGAAGCUUGUGGAAGGCUACCCGACACGUUUGACCCAAGUUAAACAAUUUAAAGGCAGUGCUACCAAAUCUUAAUUGAGCGUAUGUAAACUUCUGACCCACUGGGAAUGUGAUGGAAGAAACAAAAGCUGAAAUAAAUCAUUCUCUCUACUAUUACAUACUAGACAUUUCACAUAGACAUUUCACAUUCUUGUGGUGAUCCUAACUAACUGACCCAAGACGCAAUGUUUACUAGGAUUAUUUUGAUUUAUUUUUUCUCAUAUUCUCCCAUGAAUGACUAGGAUGUGAUGUACAUGUUACUUUAUAAAACACUUCAGUAAUGUAUUCAAUUACAUGAAUCCCUGGGGUACUAUCUUUAAUGUCACUUUAGAUCAAGCAGUUUAACAAAAAAAGUUUCCGUCUCAUAUUCAUCUUUCAGUCAUGUACCAGUUAAGUUGUCUCACUAACUGUAUUGGUGUUUAAAAUGAUUACCUCUUCUUUCAGUUACAUUGAUACAUUCUGUUAUCCAUUUUCAUGCAAUAGUUAAAGAGACAGUUCACCAAAAAAAUAUAAAUUGAAAUUAUUUUCCACUUCGCCUAAAUUGGAAUACAGUGCCUGUACAGUAACAUGCUAUAAAUGACAUCAGAGCUCAGGCUCUGUGCUUCACAGCUCUGUAUAGGUUCAGCUGAUAUGAACUUGAGCACCACAUGCAACAAGAAGUUGCCCCCCAUCCCUCCUGCUAAUGGGAAACUUCAGCAAAUGUUAUGUUAUCUUAAGGGAAAUGCUGUAAAUUUAGAUGACUGGAUGUACUAUGAAAGAUGAGACUGAUGAUUCGAAUAAAUAUCGCUUUGAUGUCAGAAAAGCAAGUCAAACAACAUUUGAGUCCAAAUGUGCCCUUCACAUUUCCAUAUCACAACGCAUGUCAUAUACAGUGUCAAUGUUUAUGAUUUUUAUGUUUGAUGUACAGCUACAAGAUGACAUAGCCGUCAUACCCUGGGUUGUUCUGAACAGAAUGAGUCUAUGUUUGAUGUACAGUUGUUAUUGUAUUACUUAGUCAUCUUGGCAAUAUAAAAAGCUGACACAGAUUGCGAUUUAUAAUGGACCGUUUCUAGAUUGCAUAAAGAAUAACGGUAAUUGUGUGAUUGCAGGGCUGUGUUCCAAACAAAACAACGACAAGUGUGCUUGCUCUAGUUCCUCAACAGCACAGCUACAUUAGGAGAGCUCAAAAAAGCACCUUUAUAGUUAAAGACUCUUCUUUUAAAGUGCAUUGAAAUUACUUAGGAACUGGGCACACUUUGGUGUUAGUUCUGUCACUCAAACUCUUGUCAUUUUUUGUCUUAUGUGUAAAGGUGGUCCUCCUCCUCUUCAACAAAAGAGGAGUAGUGAUGGAACCAAGGCGCAGCGGGUUGUGAACACAUAAUUUAUUUAAAGACAAGACGAAAAAACACGAACUUCACUAUAACUAACAAAACAACAAACGGAGUAGACAGACCUGUACGACGAACUUACAUUAAACACGAAGAACGCACGAACAGGGAAAAUAGACUACACAAAAUGACGAUGUACAAAAACAAACCGAACAGUCCCGUACGGUGCGACAAACACUGACACAGGAGACAACCACCCACAACGAACACUGUGAAACAACCUACCUAAAUAUGACACUCCAAUUAGAGGAACGCCAAACACCUGCCUCAAAUUAAGAGCCAUACCAGGCAACCCUAAAACCAACAUAGAAACAGAAAACAUAGAAUGCCCACCCAAACUCACGUCCUGACCAACUAACACAUACAACAAACUAACAGAAAUAGGUCAGGAACGUGACAUUAUGUUGCACCUACCCCACAUUUUCCACAAAUAUUCUUAUAAUAUUGCUGAAUGUAUCCAGAAUAUUUUCAGAUUGUUGUGAAAAGUACAGUAAAUGUAAAAUGCACAUAAUAUCAACAGUGUCAUGUUUGCAUUCAGUAUUGUGUCCUGUGAACUGUUGUGUCCUCACCUUUUGGUCAGAUAAUUUCCCCAUAAUCUCCCAACUGUUCCCUUUCAAUUGCUACCAUGCUUAUGCAUAUGUAUUUCAUAUUUCUUCAUUAAGAAACAUUUCAAUUUAGCCCAACUCCCACAAGUGUAAAGGGUUAAAGCACAGUAUUCAAUGAUGAUUUGGUCAGGAGAAGCUAGCCAGAGGAUAGUGACACGUACACAGGAGCCAGGAUAACAACUGUAGAAUUGUGCGUUGCCUUACCCUAGUAGUAGAAAAUAGUGUGCAUUUGUAUAUUUAGUGAACUAACCAAAAUGUGAGUGUAAAAUGUACAUUUGUAUAAUUUAUUGGAGGUAUUUUUGUUCAGAACACAAAUAAUUUAUUGCAUGCAAAUCUUUGACCAUUUACAUAAGUGAGAUUCAUUAAGUAAUGGCCUAAUGAGCAUCUACAUCCACCCUCAUCAUGAAAACUGUAUUGUAAAGUUAUUAGAAUGUCUAAAAUUGUUUCCCCUUAAGUCAUGGAACAAUGUUGGCAGGAUGAUUGAUUCAAUAAUCUUCACCUGAAUUCUACCUAUACAUAAAAGCAAAAGUAGCUUGGCUACCUGACUGUUUCAGUAUUCAAAAAAGCUACCUCCAAAUACAGUAAGAAACAGACUGGUACCCAGGCUACCAACAACCAGCUUCACAAGAAGGAUGAUGUCUGAACUACCUUAGUUCCUGGUAAGUUUCCUCUGCAGCACCGACCUUUGACCUGACCCUGUGUUGUGACUUGUAACACCUUUGUAUACUAUACAGUAGAAUGAUACAUUACUAACUUUGGGAUGAAACCGUGUUUGUCAGUAGAUUUUGUUCUUGUCAGUGUUGUUGUUGGUAAAAACGUUAGAUUAUGUCGUGUACCCUAUUGUUUUGUAAACACUUACAUUUAAUUUGUUAUACAGCACAUGAACAAUAAACUAUAUUUUUGUUUUA